GAGCAUACUCAUUGUCUCCGGCUUCACGAAACCUUCCAUCGUUACUGUACAGGGCUUCCUCUGCCUGGCAUUUUACGAGAUUGGAAGAGGAAAUCUCUCAAAGGGAUGGGGCUUCUCGGGUAAGUCCUUGCUGAUGACGCCCAGUUCGUUGAUACGUGAUGUUGAAUAUGGGUGCGUUUAGGAAUCGCGUUUCGCAUGGCACAAGACAUGGGUUUUCAAAGGGACCCGAAACAUUGGGUAUCCCACGAUGCGUCACUAGCUACGGAGGAAGACUUGGAGAUCCGCAGACGCAUCUUUUGGGGAUGCUACACUUCCGAUAAAUUGAUCAGUCUGAUCCUUGGUCGAUCAGUCUAUCUGUUUUAUGAUGACGCAGAAGUUGAAACCACCAACAGGCUUCCAGACUUUCCAGAGAUGAAGCCUUGGCUCCCUGCCGGGUUUUCAGAUUAUGACGGAGGCUUUGGCGCUGUCAACCCCCUCAUCCCAUGUUUCAAGGAGCAGAUCCGGCUUUCCAAGGUUAUCGAGAAGAUGCUCUCAAAGUUGUUCUCUACCAAGAGCAGUCUGGAGGGCAUCGGUCGCCAGUCGUGUAUUGAUAGCCUCAAUUUUGAGCUGUGCAGCUGGUAUGAAGCAUUGCCAGACUGUGCGAAAUGGAACAGAUGGGAACCACCAAGCACCCUGCUGAUCCCAAGCGUGGCAGCACUUCAUCUGCUCUUUCAUAGCGUCCGCAUUGCGCUAAACUUCGAGCAAGCGGUGUCUCAUAACGUCGCAGCUCUGAAGGACAACGCCCGCAAGGACUGCUUGUCGUCUGCGGAAGACAUUGCACACAUCGUGCGGAAAUACCGCAGCCAGUACGGGCUUGGGCAUAGCCCUCUGAUGAUGAUCUACGGAGUCAUGCAAGCGGUGAGGGCGCUGUCGUUAUUCGGCACGCCGGAAGAAGCUCAGUACUUGUUGCAUGUUUUGGACGAAUGUUCAUCUGCCUGGACGUUGGCCCACCAGGCGAGAGAUAGAUUGACACGAGGUAAGAUGUGAGAUGCUGUUGCAGCUUUUCACCAUCCACUUUAUUUAUGUGGAGAAAAAGAAUACGGUCUAAAGCCAUGCCAGACCUCAGGAAAUAGUCCUCUACAAUUUGAGCAUUUCGGUCGAGGGGCAGAAGACUGCACUGACU